AUGGAUUCGUCUCCUCCUCCACCAGGAUCAGUACAGGAACCAACUCCUUUAUCGGACGCUGAAAAGAUACGUUUAAAGCGUCUUGCAAAGCUACAACAAGGAAAUUCUAAUAAUUCUGGUGAAUCCUCUCAACCCACUGCGUCAUCGUCUAAAACAGUGUCUGCGCGGACGAAUAUUUUGCCAAAAACGCCUACGCAAGAAAAACCUGCAUCGCCGAUCAAAAGAUAUUCGCUACCUGUUAAUCAAGAACUUCCUGAGAAGACUCCUCCCAAAAUUUCACCACCAAUUAAAUCAUUUGAAGACUGGCAAAAUGAUACCAUCACCAGAAUUCUUCAAAUUACCCUUGAUAAAUCAAUGGCCGAAAAAAAUGGAAAUCGAUUGAUUUAUCUUGAUUCUGUUGUGAAAACAUUAAUGGAAGAAAAUCCUGGAACGGAUUCUUUUAAAUUGUCAAAAUCGACUAUUGAUAGCGCUCUUUUUGCUCGACUAUCUAUUGAUCCUAAUCAAAUGAGUGAUAGUGACCAGCCCCCUCAGAUUCCCUUAUUUGAUUAUCUACUUGACAGUUGGAAAAGGGCUUCCGAAAUUAAAAGAUCAACACGUGCUUCUAAGACUUUAGAACAAUCGGUUAUUAAUGAGCGAGUUGAUGUCAUAGAUCACCUUAAAGAGCUUAUAAUUAACUAUGUACAAUAUGUUCUUCUAUAUCCUAAUGACCUUCCACAAGUCAGAAACUCUAUUGAGCUUGGCCCUAAUCAAUUCAUAUCGAGAUUAAUAGCAGAAUUUGAUUCUCCUGAAGGAUUACCUUUAGAUUUCAUUAAAGAAUUAAUAAAUAAAAUUGAUGAUGAAGGAUUCGAAAAGAUAACGAAAUUACGCAAUUGGAAUUCACCCAAUACGAACGCAAGAAUAUUUGAAGUCGGUUCAUUUUUGGGACCAUUUUGUAAAUUUUCCGCUUUUCCGACCGACGAGCCAAAAAUUGCUGAAAGUUAUUUUGCUAACCCCCAGACAAGGAGGCAAGCUGAUAUUGAUUCAGCGAUGACGAGUUUAAGAGGUGCUAUACGUGGGGUGCAGCAAUCUGUUUUCAAAAUCUUCAAUAAUAUUGUUCGUUCCUCACCAUCAGCGCGAGAGUCUGCGCUUAGUUAUUUUGCUGAGGUCAUUAAAUUAAAUGAGCGGAGGGCUCAGAUGCAGGUUGAUCCAUUCCAAGUUGGAUCUGAUGGAUUCUUAAUGAAUUUGACGAGUAUAUUAUUACAUUUUGCAGAUCCCAUUAUGGAUUUGCGGAAUCCAAAGAUUGAUCGCAUAGAUGUCGAUUAUUUUCGUAAAUCUAAUCGAAUUGAUAUUAGCCGAGAGACCAAAAUUAAGGCUACUCAACAAGAAGCAGAUGCGUAUUUUUCAAAAAUAGAUGAAAGUGCAUCUGCUCCAAAUUUUAUAUCCGAAAUAUUUUUCCUUACAAUUGCUAUGCAUCAUUAUGGUCCAUUACAUUCCUAUGAAGUUUUUAAUAAUUUUAUAAGAGAUAUAGUAGAGCUUCAAAAACAAUAUGAUCGAAUGAGAGCUGAUCAGCCUAAUUGGGCGGGGACUCCAAUGGCUGCAAGAAAUGAAGAACUGUUGACACAUUGUAAAACACAACUUGAAAAAUAUCAAUCACACAGAAUAGCAUAUGAGACACAACUUUUAGAUCAAGUUUAUUUGGAUCAUUCUCUAAAAUUUUAUAAUCUAGUUAUGAAUUGGAUGCUGAGAAUUGUUGACCCUACUGGGAAACAUCCGGAAAAACGAAUACAGUACAUGUUACCGCUUCCUCCAACGCCACCUGAUGCGUUCACCAUGUUGCCUGAAUUUAUUUUUGAAGAUGUAACUGAAAUAUUCCUAUUUGUCGCAAAGUAUAUUCCGAGAGCGGCUGCUGUAUCUCGAGAUGACUUGAUAGUUUUCAUUAUCACUUUUCUCAAAUCAUCAUCUUAUAUUAAGAAACCCUAUUUGAAGGCCAAAUUAAUAGAGAUUUUAUUCUACUUUACGUUUCGUAGUAAUGAUCGUGAAGUCGGUAUGGUACCAUUAUUGAAUUCACAUCCUCUUGCUUUGAAUCAUUUGUUACCAGCUCUAAUGUCCUUUUAUGUUGAGGUGGAACAAACUGGUGCACAUACACAAUUUUAUGAUAAAUUUAAUAUUCGAUAUAAUAUUUCACAAAUAUUCAAGGCGAUGUGGGUUAAUCAUUUGCAUAAAGAAAAAUUAAAAGAAGAGAGUCGUUUAAGAAAACUUGCAGAAAUUCAUUCUAUACAAACCGAAAUGGAUAAUAAAGAUGAGUGGGAGAGUCAAACACAGCAAUAUCGCCAAGAGCGCGAAAGCACACUCCGAUCUGAUGAACGAUCAGCGACCUCAUACAUGUCACUUGGGAAUGAGACAGUAGAGAUGUUGGUAUUUAUGACUUCAGAAGUUGCGGAUCCAUUCCUUACACCUCAAAUGGUUGAUCGAUUGGCAGCGAUGUUGGACUAUAAUUUAAAGUCACUAGUUGGACCAAAAUGUACCGAACUUAAAGUUAGAAAUCCAGAAACAUAUAGUUUUAAACCUAAAGAAUUAUUAUCGCAAUUGGUUAAUAUUUAUUUGAACUUAUGUAAACAUAAAGAAUUUGUACACGCAGUUGCAAUCGAUCAACGAAGUUAUGAUAAAAAGUAUUUUUCAAAAGCAGUUAGUAUUUUAUUGAAAUGGGGAUUAAUUUCUGAAAAGAAUGUCAGUGAGCUGGAGAAAUUUGUUAAUGAAGUAGAAGAAACAAUUAAAUCGGAAGGAGAGGAUGAGUUGGGUGAAAUUCCAGAAGAAUUUUUGGAUCCAGUUUUGUGUACUAUUAUGGAAGAUCCUGUAAUUCUACCCGGAUCAAGAGUAACCGUUGAUCGAAGUACUAUUAAAACACAUCUAUUAAGUGAUACAACAGAUCCUUUUAAUAGAAUGCCAUUAAAUAUUGAGGAUGUUAUACCAAAUACUGAAUUAAAGGAACGCAUAGAAAAAUUUCUGCAGGAAAAGCGGCAAAAAUAA